UUCUGGUACUUUCUCUGCAAUUUACUCCGCAAUUUUCUUUCAAGAGUGAGUGAAGAAGAGAUAAAUAUAUGAGAAAUCAUUCAUAACAUCAAAGUUUUAUCGUUUUCCGUCGCUUCAACAUCCUCAUUUAUCUUCACUGAUCUUUACAUACUUUCUCUGUAGCAAUUCAGAUCUGUCUUCAUUUGUUAUUUGGUGAAAGUUAUCCAUCUUCAGUUUCGUAAGUGCUGGAUCUGAACUUCCAAGGCUAAUUAAAAGGUAAGUGUCUCUAUUGUUCCUGGAUUUUUUAAUUUUUGUUUUUUUUUUUUUUUGUUUGUUUUAAAUAGUUAUAAGUAGCUUAUAUGUGUAUUUUUGGUUAGCUUGUUUGAGUUUUUAUAUCUAUUAUUUUUCUCUAUUUUUAUUUUAAUUAUAUAAUUUUACCAAACAAAUGCAUCUAUGUUUCAAACAAAUUGAACAUUUUGUUGAUUCUUGAUGUUCAUAGUCUCUCAAAGCCGUGUCAAUCUUUAAUUUCCAGUAACUCAGGUGCAAGUGCAAAUAUGAUCUUCUAGGACUAAUUAGAAAACGGGAUCUAUUGUUGGGUAGACGAGACUCAUGUGAACUGAGCAAUUGCGAGCUGAUACAUCGAUUUUGUGAGAUAAAGUUUAUCUGAAAAGUCUUUCAUCAGAGGAGUUGGAUGGCUGCUUCUUCAUCUUCAGCCACUCCUCAAUUGAAGAACUAUGAUGUCUUUCUUAGUUUCCGAGGCGAGGACACCCGCUAUAAUUUUACAAGGCAUCUCUAUGUGGCUUUGUGUCGCAAAAAGAUUGAAACUUUCAUGGAUGACCAACUGAUAAGAGGAAAUGAGAUUUCGUCAUCUCUUUUGAAUACAAUUAAAGCAUCAAAGAUUUCUGUCAUCAUUUUCUCACAAAAUUACGCGUCUUCAAGUUGGUGUCUCCAAGAACUUGAACAGAUUAUUGAUUGCAUGAAAACGAAACAGCAGAUUGUACUACCAAUUUUCUACAAGGUAGACGCAUCUCAUGUAAGGCGUCAGAAAGAGAGUUUUGGGAAGGGAUUUGCUGAACUUCAAGACCGUUUUAAGGAACAGCCGGAGAUGCUGCAAAGAUGGGAGAAUGCGCUGAAUGAAGCAGCUAAUCAAUCUGGUUGGCCUAUAGAUGGAAAAACGUCUGAACCUGAACUCAUAGAUGAAAUUUCAGGCGUUAUAUUGAAAAGACUAAAUAAAUUGUCUCCAAGUGAUUAUAAAGGCCUGGUUGGGGUAGAAUUUUCAGUAAACAAAAUAGAGUCUUUGUUGCACAAGGGAUCAAAUGGUGUUUUCAAAAUAGGAAUUUGGGGCAUAGGUGGUAUAGGCAGAACAACUAUUGCCCGUGUUGUAUACAACAAAAUCUUGAGCCAGUUCGAAAGAUUCUAUUUUGCUGACAAUGUUAGGGAACAGUCAGAGAAAAAUGGUAUAACUCACUUGAAAAAAGAACUUCUUUCCACGAUAUUAGAUGAUAGAGAUCCCAAUAUAGGACUCACCUACACAAGAGAAAGACUUAAAAAACAGAAGGUUCUCAUUAUUUUUGAUGAUGUGACAUUUUCACAGCAAAUAGAAGAUUUGAUUGAAAACCUUAACUUGUUGAGCUCGGAAAGUCAAAUUAUCAUAACAACAAGAGAUAAACAAGUGUUAAGAAAUUGUGACGUAGAUGAUGCUUGUAUGUACAAGGUUGAGGGAUUAAGAGAGGAGGAAGCUCAUCAACUUUUUAAUCAGCAUGCUUUUAAACAAAACCCUCCUAUUGCAUAUUAUAUGGAGCUAUCAAAGAAAGCAGUAGAAUAUUCCAAAGGCGUUCCAUUGGCUCUUAAAGUGUUGGGUUCCAAUUUGUUUUCCAAGGAAAAAGAGUUUUGGGAAAGUGUAAUAAACAAACUGGAAAAAGGUCCUCCUUCGAAUGUUCUUAACAUAUUAAGAGUUAGUUAUGAUGGACUUGAGAAAGACGAGAAGGAAAUAUUUUUAGAUAUUACAUGUUUCUUCGACGGGGAAGAUAGAGAUUUAGUGAUAGAAAUCCUUAAUGCUUGUGACCUUUAUGCAAAGCAAGGAAUAGAAGUUCUUAUUGAUAAGUGUCUCGUGCUUGUGACUUGCAAUAGAAUAACAAUGCAUGAUUUGCUUCAAGAAAUGGGUAAGAAAAUUGCUCAAGAUGAUGAUUGCAAAGACAUUCGAUUAUGGCAUCACAUGGAUAUCUUGAAAGUAUGUAGAAAUUAUAAGGGAUGUGAAGCAGUACGAAGCAUAAACUUGGACAUAUCUAAAAUAAGCAACGCAAGCUUAAUUUUUCAUGUUUUGUCAAAGAUGGAUAACUUGAGAUUCUUCAGACUAUACAACUCAGAAUACCGAUUUAAUAAUCCAUUUUUAAGACGGAUUUAACUUACCAGGCAAAGAUGAUUAUGAAAAUAAGUUGGAUGAUUUUGAAGAACCUAAAUCCUUUCCCAAUGACAUAACAUUUUUCUGUUGGAAUAAUUACCCCUUUAAAUCAUUGCCAUUAUGUUCUCCUUCAAUGAGUCUUGUUAAACUUGAUAUGCGUUGGAGCAAAGUUAAACAUUGGCAUGGUUUUCAGGAUGCUGUAAGUUUGAAAUAUGUUGAUCUUAGUUUCUCCCGACACAUGACAGAGAUUCCAAAUCUCUCAAGAGCCUCAAAUAUUCAGGAAUUGAUUCUAGCACAUUGUACGAGUUUGUUGGAGAUUGCUCCCUCAUCUAUUCAAAAUCUCAAUAAGCUUGUGAAUGUAGAUCUAAGCUUUUGUACAAGGCUUAUUAGUCUACCAGAUUACAUUCAAUCAAAAUCAAUUGAUCUCCGUGCUUGCCCUAAUCUCAAGAAAGCUCCAAAGAUCUCACGUAAGGUGGAAAGAUUACGGUUAAUUGGAACUGCAAUAAAUGAAUUACCCUUCAUCGAACAUCCAUCUGGACUAACUGAAUUGGAUCUUGAAAGAUGUUCAUCGCUUGAGAGUCUCUCGAGUAGCAUCUAUAAGCCGACAUAUCUCAAAACCUUUAAUCUUGUGCGCUACUCCAAAUUGGUAAGAUCACCCAAUGACAAUGGAGAUUUAGAAAGGUUGAAGGGUCUCUAUCUAGGUACUGCAACCAUAAAAAUAGCACCAUCAUCCUUCUUUCACGUGUCAAAAAUUAGACAUUUAGACCUAUGUCUACCUUUUUAUGAACUGGAAACCUUGAAUGGGGCAUUGAAUUCUUCAUCAGGUUCAAGCUCUUUGGUAUCAGAUUAUUUGGAAAAAUGUAAAAUCACCAAAUUACCUGAUAAUCUUGGACAAUUAUCCUCUUUGAAAGAGUUACAUCUAUGUGGAAAUAAUUUUGAGAGCAUACCAGAACACAUCAAAGGGCUUUCUUACUUGUACUUCUUAGACAUAAGUAACUGUCGGAGACUUCGACUUUUGCCAGAGCUUCCAUUGGGUGUAAAUGUGCAAGCAUCUAACUGCUCAUCCUUGCAAUCAAUAUCAGAUGCAUCAUUUCUAUUUUUACCUGAUUGGAGAUUACGAGGGACAAGUUUUGCCAAUUGUUUUGAAUUGGAUUUAUACAAAAUUCUUCAUGAGGAAUCUUGUCGAGAAUUUUGUUCCAAUAUUUGUUUCCCUGGAAAUGAAAUUCCAAAGUGGUUUACCCUUCAAAAUACGGGAUCUUAUAUAACUCUUGAUCAGCCACUAGAUUGGCAUAGUAAAAACUUUCUAGGUUAUUUUACAUCUGCUGUUGUUGGUCCAGAAGCAGUAAAGUCCAGUACUCUUCAAGAAUACAAUGUUACCUGUUACUGCUUGGUAACAACUGAAGAUGGUAAGGAGCAAAUUUAUAGAAAUUGCUUUAGACCUCGGGAACAUGAUGAUUAUGUCUUCGGUCAAUUUUAUUCGGAUCAUGUAUUAUUCAAUUUUUUUUUCUAUAACGGAUAAUGCGUUUCAAGAGUGCGAUAGGGAAUAUCAUGAAAUUUCUUGUGAGAUGGAGUCAUUAGAUUGGUGUCAAGAGUGCAAUAGGGGAUAUCAUGAAAUUUCUUGUGAGAUGGAGUCGUUAGAUUGUAAAGUGCUCAUCAAAUUUCAUGCUAAAGAUAGAAAGGUGAAAAAGUGUGGGAUCCAUUUCUUGUAUGUUGAAGAUUAUGGAGAACCAUUGGAAACAUCCAGAAGAAGUGUUGACAAUGCUAAAAAGAAAGGGAAAGAGAAAGAUGAACUACAAUCCAAUAAAUUGCAAAUUUCAAAUUCCUUUGAUGGUAUAUGCGGCUUAAGGCCUCGUUUCAUUUCAAAUUAUCCAUGUUAUCUACAGUGUCUAGAAGCACGGUAUUGGAAAUUGAAAAGGAAUGCAAUUAGAGAAAUUGUAAAAACUGCUCUACUCAAUUUUCAGCCAAAUACAAUUUUAUGCUCAGAAGAUGAAGAGAUGAAUGGUGUGAAUCCAAAAGGUUGUAUGAGUUUCCCGGGAAGUGAAAUUCCAGAGUGGUUUAGCUUUCAAAAUGCUGGUGAUUAUGUAGAACUACCACCAUGGGGCUCAAUCACUUAUAAAUUUGCCAGUUUGGCUUUCUGCACCAUUAUAGAAUUCUCAGAUUUGUUAGAUUUGGGCCAACCUUUCUUCGUUAAAUGUGAGAUGUCUUUUGAAGGAUGUGAUCGUUUGAUUGUUGCAAUUGGGUCUAUACAAGGUUGGUUCGAAGGUGAUAGAACUCACUACAUCAAAUCAGAUCAUGUAUUCUUGGGAUAUGAUUGUGUCAUGUAUACUCAUAAAGUUCCUAGGUUAGAUAUAUAUCAUACUAAUGCGAAGCCCAUCGUCAAUUUCUAUGUUACUAAUCAUGAUGGAGUAUUGAUAGAGGGUUGUAAGGUGAAAAAGUGUGGAGUUUGUUUAUUGUACCGUGAAGAUUUUGAGAACAAAUGGAAGAAUCCAAUAGAUCUUUCAUUUUUAAAGAGAAGGCUAAAACUCAAUGGAAAUGGCCACUGUAACGAUGAACCACCAUCCUAUGAACUUUCCACCGCACGUGAUUGGCAACCUAUGAGUUCUGCUACUUCUCUGGAAUUGAAUUUAAUGGUUGGAUCAACAGUAAUCGAUACAACUGAACCACCCUUGAAGAGAUUGAAAGCACACAACUAUGAAAAUAAAAAUGGAGGUGAGAAGGAUGAUAAAGAAGAUACUAAAGAGUUAAAUCCAAGUACAAGUCAACCCACAGGCUUUGUUGAUUCUAAUUUGAAUGAGUUCCCUAUCGAUGACGAAGAUGAACCGCAACCUAAAAGACUUAAAGAAUUCAAUUUCUUUUAAAGGGAUGGAGAAGGUGAAGUACCCAUCUAAUUUGAAGAAAAGACAUGAAGCAGAAGCAGAGCAAACAAUUAGUGAGUAAAACAUUGCUAUAUUAAUAGGAAGCUGUAGUUAUUUCAAGAAAAAUUCUAGUCUAAUAUUAGUUUAGU